CCCACCGAGCGUCCCGGCGUGCUCCGCGCUCCCCGCAACCACUUCCGGGGCGGCCGUGGGGUCGCGGGGUCGGGCACCGAGGCGGCGGGCCGGAGGGAGUGCCGUGGCGGCCCGGGGGCCCGAAGUCGGGCCCUGCGCAGACAGGAAGCCCUAACCCCUGGGUCCGUCACAGCCAUGUCGGAGCUCAGCGAUGAAGCCAGUGAGCCAGAACUGCUGAACCGCAGCUUGUCCAUGUGGCAUGGGCUGGGGACGCAGGUCAGCCCUGAGGAACUGGCCGUCCCCUUGGACCUUCACACGGCGGCAUCCGUUGGCCAGUAUGAAGUGGUGAAGGAGUGUGUGCAGCGGCGAGAGCUAGAUUUGAACAAGAAGAACAGUGGCGGCUGGACCCCGCUGAUGUACGCCUCCUACAUUGGGCAUGAUACUAUUGUGCACCUGUUGCUGGAGGCGGGUGUGAGUGUGAAUGUGCCCACCCCAGAAGGACAGACCCCACUGAUGCUGGCUUCUAGCUGUGGCAACGAGAGCAUCGCCUACUUUCUCCUCCAGCAAGGCGCCGAGCUGGAGAUGAAGGACAUCCAGGGCUGGACCGCCCUCUUCCACUGCACCAGCGCCGGGCACCAGCAAGUGGUCAGGUUCCUCCUAGACAGCGGAGCCAACGCUGACGUGAGGGAGCCCGUCUUCGGAUUCACUCCUCUGAUGGAAGCUGCUGCUGCCGGCCAUGAGAUCAUUGUCCAGUGUUUCCUGAGCCACGGAGUCAGAGUGGACACGAGGGACCACAGCGGGGCCACGGCCCGGAUGCUGGCCAGGCAGUACGGACACAUGAAGAUCGUGGGCUUGAUCGACGCCCACUCAUCCUCGCUGCCCAGGUGCCUCUUCAGGGGCCCAGACAAGCAGGGGGAACUCAGCUCUUCAGAUGAGUCCUGCCCUGCCCCCCCAAGGCAAAGGCCCUGCCGGAAGAAGGGGCUUAGCAUCCACGAGGGCCCACGAGCCUUGGCCAGGAUCACAGCCAUUGGCCUUGGGGGCCGGACACGACAGCCGCGCUGUGAGCAGGUGGUGCCUCCUCGAGGCUACGUCACCUUCACCAGCAGCGAUGAGAACCUGCUAGAUGGGCGAGCCCUCUGCUACAGGGACGUCACCUCCCCCAUCAACGACCAGGAUGUGGAGAGCAGCAGCAGCAGCAGCAGGGAGGAUCCCGCCUUGGGUGCUGAGCUGGGGGCUGUGCCGAGCAGCAGCAGCAGUGAAGGGCUGGCCUGGGGCCUGGGAGUCAGCAGCGAGGGCUCUCUGGAGAGUAACGAGGACUCCGACCAUACACAGAAAUGUUCAGGCCGCAAACAAACGAAAAGUCACAUGAAGGCCAGGACCCGGCACGGUAGCAGUGACGGCCAGUGGCCUCCUAGUGCCAGGGGUUCCAGCCCAGCCUGCCCCCCCGUGCCUGCUCCCCAACCCCAGAGCACCCCCUACUCGGGACCCCAGGACCUCGCUGCGCUGCUGGAGCAGAUUGGAUGCCUCAAGUACCUGCAGGUGUUUGAGGAGCAGGACGUGGACCUCCGCAUCUUUCUGACGCUUACCGAGAGUGACCUGAAGGAGCUGGGCAUCACGUUAUUUGGGCCUAAGAGGAAGAUGACUUCUGCCAUCGCCCGCUGGCACAGCAGUGCCCGCCCCCCAAGCGACGCUCUGGAGCUGGCCUAUGCCGACCGGCUAGAGUCUGAGAUGCAGGAACUCGCCAUCCAGCUGCACAGGCGCUGCGAGGAGGUGGAGGCCAUGCGGGGCCAAGUGUCACAGGAGCAGGAGCUGCGGGCCGUAGUGGAGAGCUGCCUGCUGGAGCGGGACGGGGCCCUGCAGGACAUGCACGCUCAGCUGCGGGAGGCCUGGGCCCUGGCGUGCCAGGCCGCACACGUGCUGGACCAGCUGCGAGCUUGUCAAGUGGAACUGUCAACCCGAGUGGGGCAGGACCAGAACCACCGGGGACCAGCCCAGGGCCCGGGCCUGCCCUCAGCAGACCCCAAAGGCUGGCAAGCCUCCCUGCAGGCCCUGAGCCUCCCAGAGCUGUCAGGGGCACUGGAGGACCGUGUGCACGAGAUGGGGCAGGCUCUGUGCUCAGUGACUCAGAACCUGGAGAAGCUGCAAGUGCUGAAUGGGAAGGAGAACUGGCGGGAACCCUAAGGUGAGUGCGCACCGCAGCCUCCCUUCUUCUCAGAACCUGACGUGGGGUGACCGAUGCGCCCUGAAGCCGAGGCCAGACGGGCAGCAGGCGGGACAGCACCGGCUCAGGCCCACAAACAGCCCGGGACCAGACAGGCAGGAUGUGGCUGCAGCUGGUACCAGCGACGAGGCCCUCGCGACAGGGCCUCGCCCGUGCCCAGCGCCCCAGAGGACUGACCUAAGCGGCAAAGGCUGGGGCACCUGGCAGCACAGGCAUCUCGCUGGAAAAUAAACGUUAACGUCAGCGGA